UACUUUCGGCGUUUUUUAUUUGGGAUUUUCUUUAUAAUUGGAGUGAGCCUUGUUAUUAAAAUUAGGGUUACUUCUUGUACUUUUUCGAUUUUUGUUCUUCGAGAGAGUUCGAUUCCUUCUGUGUUUUGGGAUUUUGCCCAUUUGGGUUCUCGAUUCUCUUGCCAAUCUAAUCUGGGUUGGUGAGUUUUCUUCAUUUUGUUUGGGUUUUUUAGGAAUUGGUGAUCUCUCUGCUUGGAAUUAUGGAAAACCCAGAGAUUUUGAGUGGCGGGAUUAUUGAGUUACUAGAUUUACUGCAAGUUCUUUAGGGUUUUGAUUUGAUUUCACAGUAGUAUUUCUGGAAGAUGCAUUGGUGAGUUAGUGGCAAAGCUCGAGUUUUGUUGGGUCUGGCAUGUUUGCAUGAUGUUUAGUGCUCAGGGGCCUUCAAGGAACCAGUGCAGUCUCCUUGCAGUUCUUUGUGGUGGUAAAGUUUCCGAUACUAAACAAAAGCAGCCGGUUUCCGAUGAUAAGCCGAGAUACCCGUUUCCGGUGCUUGGUUCUUCAGGGCGUCUAGAGGUUCAGCUUUUGAAUAAUCCUAGCAUUGAUGAGUUCCGGCGGGUUAUGGAUUCAUCGGAGCCGAAUGUUGUUUAUUUGCAAGGAGAGCAGAAUGCUGAUAGUGAUGAGAUUGGCUCUCUGGUUUGGGGAGACGUUGACUUGUCUACUCCAGAAGCUUUAUGUGGACUCUUUGGUUCGACAUUGCCCACGACUGUCUAUCUCGAGGUCCCCAAUGGUGACAAAUUAGCAGAGGCACUUCACACCAAGGGGGUACCAUAUGUUAUAUAUUGGAAAAAUACAUUCUCUCGUUACGCAGCUUGCCAUUUUCGCCAAGCACUGUUAUCAGUGAUUCAAAGUUCAUGUAGCCAUACAUGGGAUGCAUUCCAAGUUGCCGAUGCUUCUUUUAGACUGUACUGUGUACGGAACAACAAUAGUGUCUUUUCUAAUAGUCAGAAACAAAGUGUUAAGCCAGCACCUCAUCUGCUCGGGGAGCCUCCCAAGAUUGACGUUUGUCAACCACAGGUAGAUAUGCAAGACAAAGAAAGCUCUCCUGAUGAUCUUCCUGCCGUAAAGAUAUAUGAUGAUGAUGUGACUAUGCGGUUUCUUGUUUGUGGAUCGCAAUGUGUAUUGGAUGCAUUCCUUUUGGGAUCUUUGGAGGAUGGACUUAAUGCCCUCUUAAGCAUAGAAAUACGAGGGAGCAAGCUCCAUAACCGAGCAAGUGCUCCACCACCACCACUUCAGACGGGGACAUUUUCUCGUGGUGUAGUGACCAUGCGUUGUGACUUUUCAACCUGCAGUUCGACUCAUGUAUCAUUUCUAGUGUCUGGUAGUGCACAGACUUGUUUUAACGAUCAGCUUUUGGAAAAUCAUAUAAAAAAUGAGCUUAUCGAGAAGACACAUCUAGUCCGUGCACAGUCAAGUUCUGAGGAGAGCAAAUUGCCUCCAUCGGAGCCUCGUAGAUCAGCCUCAAUUGCCUGUGGAGCAAGUGUGUUCGAAGUGAGCAUGAAGGUUCCCACAUGGGCUUCGCAGAUACUAAGGCAACUUGCACGAGACGUGUCAUACCGCAGCUUAGUUAUGCUGGGGAUUGCUAGCAUUCAAGGUUUGUCGGUUGCAUCUUUUGAAAAAGAUGAUGCUGAGCGUAUUCUUUUCUUUUGCAAAAACCCGGGCAAGGAUCCCUCCUUGGGUAGUUAUCUAAUUGCCAGAACUCCGAGCUGGUUGGUGCCGCCGCCACCUAGUCGAAAAAGAUCAGAGCCAUGUAAAGACACUAAACCUCUAAAGUGUGCAGUCAUGGAAGGUGUAAAUGGCAUUGCAAGAUCAAAAACUAGUGUUGCUGCUAUGAGGCCAAUUCCUCACACCCAUCGUCAUAAGAUGAUUCCCUUUUCUGGAUUUUCAGAGACUGAGAAAUAUGAUGGGGAACAAGGAAAGGUAAACUUGCCUGUAGUUCCCGUGAAGCAACCUGCUGCUACACAUCGGAAAGCAUUGUCGAGUUCUUAUCAGGCUCAACAGAUUAUAUAUUUAAAUCCAUUACCUCUUAAGAAACAUGGUUGUGGUAGAACCCCGAUACAAGUUUGCUCGGAGGAAGAAUUUUUGAGAGAUGUAAUGCAGUUUCUGAUUCUUCGAGGACAUACUAGGCUGGUUCCUCAAGGUGGGUUAGCUGAGUUUCCCGAUGCCGUUCUUAAUGCAAAGCGUCUUGACCUUUUUAACUUGUAUAGAGAGGUGGUGUCAAGAGGAGGCUUUCAUGUCGGGAAUGGCAUAAAUUGGAAGGGACAAGUUUUUUCGAAGAUGCGCAAUCACACAUUGACAAAUAGAAUGACUGGAGUGGGCAACACUCUUAAAAGACAUUAUGAGACUUACCUUUUAGAGUACGAAUUGGCCCACGACGAUGUGGAUGGAGAAUGCUGCUUGUUAUGCCACAGUAGUGCAGCAGGCGACUGGGUAAACUGUGGAGUUUGUGGUGAAUGGGCUCACUUCGGCUGUGACCGGCGGCAGGGGCUCGGGGCUUUUAAGGAUUAUGCGAAAACAGAUGGGCUGGAGUACGUUUGUCCACACUGCAGCAUCUCAAAUUUUAAGAAGAAACCGAUGAAUGGUUAUUGACAUACUUCGAUUUUCACUUUAGAUUCCCGUUAAUUUCGUAGCCUUUUUCCGAUUUCAGUUUUGUUCCUCACCGCAAUGCAUGCUGAACCCUAAACCUUGACGACAUUAGGAAAUGUAACUAUUGUAUCGUAUGCCGCCAUUGUUGUUCUCAUAUAUAGCUCAAGCCAUUAACGAGCCCCCAUCCCCCACCUAAUUUCUCUUUGUAUUCUGCUAAACAGAGAUGAAGAAGAGUAACUGUAGAUUUAAGGAGUUAGCUUUUUGUUCAA